AUGAGCGUGAACGGCGUGGCGAGGCCUGCAGGGCCCAGGAGGAGUGCGAGCGGCGAGCCUGACACUUCGCCGGACCUCGAGUUCACCUUCCUCCGACCUGCACAUCAAGCCCGCACGCUCGCACGCCCCGCUUCCGCCUAUGUCCCCCGACCCACCUCGCCCGAACCCUCUCGCCCUACUUCUCCAACGCCAGUCCCACUCGUCGCACCCAUCCUCCCAACAACCUCGCAACAGAGCCAUGGCAGCGCCCGCCCCUUCGCACCGAAGCCCAUGCGGCAAGGUGCUCCUCGACUCGGUGGCCUAGGACUCGGAGGAAUUGUCGGGCCUGAACCGUCGCCUCCUGCUCGCUCUCUUCCUCGAACCGACUCCCCUGCGCGGCCUGCAGCGAAACGACCCGUCCCAGCCGUCCCUUUCGUCCCGCCUCACACGCAGACUCCCUCUCCUCCUUCGACAGCCAGCUCCGACCGCAACUCUGCCUCCUCGUCGCCCUUCGCUCCAAAAGCGUCCAACAUGCCCGAACGCCCGUUCCUCUCGCCCGAGUAUGGCAAGCCAACCGUCCGCUCGGGCACGUUUGCGCUUGACUCGCACGCUGCACCGGAUGCGGGUCUUGAGCGGGUGCGAGGCGAGUCGGGGAGCAGGAACGGACGGCGAAGCGGGACGCCGAACGAGCUUGAGCGGUCCGCUGGUCAAGGCGCAGUCCUGGCGCCGCCCAUUGCGGCUGCAGGAGUCGUCGCUUCAGACGCAGCUCACGAAGAAGACGCGGCGCGCGAGGAGGACGAAGCGGACGAGGAGGAGUUCUCGCCCGACAUGCAGGAGCCAGACUGGCUGCAGACUUCGCCUGAAGCGGAGAAAGGCGUCAGCGGAUUCCGUCUUGCCGAUGGCGAGGCUGAAGAGGACGAGGCUCCCGCGCCGCCGUUGGAUUCGAGCCUGAAUCGGCGGCAUACGAUGGUUGGCCUGUUCGGCAUGGUGCACGAGGUGCCUGUCGACCACGAGGCGGACGCAACGAGCACCCACACCUCGGAAGACGGCCAGCUCGACUCGUUUGACGACGCCCAUUCCGUCCUCGCCAGCUCGACGUCUCGCCAGCCGCAGGAGCCGCCCGCCGGCGCCGUCGACUUGGUGGACGAAGACGAGAUCUCGGAGAUCUUGAGCAGUCCCGAGGGCGUCAAGGUGGACGACUUGCCGGAGGAAGUCAUCCUCGAUGGACCUGGCUCGUCUGCUGGAUCCGAGGCAUCGAGCGUCGCCGCGACGCCUGUUCACGAGACGGCGCCAACCCGCGACUGGGCCGCUCCUGUUGCGACGGCCGUGGCAGCACCGACGUUCGGCCAAACCGCCGGCUUCCCUUCGCACGAGCCCGUCGCUGCGACACUCAUGGCACGCGCCGUCAACACGAACUCGUCUUACGACGCUCACUCGGACCACGAGGACCACGAUGCGGUUGAGGAGGAGGACAUCCGGAGUCGCAGUCCAUCGAUCGCCAGUAGCGGUCGCCUCUCGCCUGACCCCGCUCACGACGAGUUUGCGCGCUCGCGCUCGCCGUCACCUGUCCCGGGCGAUGGCGUUCACGCCGAGCACAACUUUGCAGCCCAGCACUCGCCGGCGAGUAUCUACGACGAGGACGAGGACCGCCUCCCGAACGGCUACGUCGACGAGCCGGACCGCUCGCACGACAAAGCGGCGAGCAUUCGCGAGGCGGCUUCCGUCUACCCUUCUCCGCCCUCCUCGCCUCAGCCUCCGCUCGUGCAGGAGGAGCUCCCGACUGAAGAGCCUCCCGCCGCAGAGCCGCUGCCGCCUGUCGAAUCGCCCGAGCCUCCCGCAUCAGUUCGAGCGGCUACUCCUCCUCCAUCGCCUCCUCCAGUCGUUCCCACACUCUCCACUUCCUCCCCGCAACGCCGCUCAUCCCUCUCCCCUCCCGCUUCUCCAACGACCGCCUCAGCGCCCGCCUUCUCACCCAACCUCGCCUACCAAGCUCUCGGUCUUCGUCUCCCCUCUUCGCUUUCCGGCAACAAGCGGUCGUCGGCUAUCUCGCCCGUUUCGCCGCCUAUGUCGCCGGAAGUCGCGAAGGCUUCGAUGCCUUUCGUCUUUGAGCCUUUGGCGGCGAUUCUGCCGCCGGCGAAUGAGGCGAAAUCGGCUGAGCCUCCGGCAGCCGUCGUCGACGAAGAGCGGGAGGAGGAGGCGCCGAAGACGCGAGAGGCCGAGGAGCCUGCGGCAGUGGCCGACUCUCCUGAGCACGUCGAGCCUGCUGCGGAGCCGUUCAUUUCUCGCGACUACGCCCUUCCCACCGACCGUUCGCCUCCCUUCCUGCCAACCAACGUUACUCACGCCGAACCGGCUCCUGCACCGACCCUCGAAGAGAAGCGGACCGCCGCACCCGUACUUGAGCAGGAUGACCACCACACCGACUCGUCCGUCACCGACUCGCCCGCUCUCUCCGCUCACACCGCCGAAUCCGACUUCGAAUCGGCGUACGGAGACGACGAUGUGCCGCCUGUACAGCUGCCGCAGUCAGCCGCUACCGAGCAGCCUGUAGCUUCAAAUGCAGUGACGCCGGCAACCGACGCGCAGGAGCAGGGCGAGGGAGGUGUUGGCGUUGUUGACGUCGGUGUUGCGGUAGCUGGCGCACUUGUGAUGGGCGGUCUGUCGGUUGGGCAGUCUGCGUGGCGCAGCUUGUCAGGGUGGGCUUGGCGCGGGAACGCCCAGCCGGAGCAGCAGCAGCAGCCGCCUGAACCCGCAGCGCAGCCAGACUUCGUGCCGAAGGUGCCGCAGAUCGUCGUUGUCGAGGAGGAGAUGGUCUCGGCUUCGCCUCUCAUCGGGUCCGACACCCGCAGCGACGUCGACACGAAGGACGGGUCGAAGAUUGGCGAACGCGCCGAAUCGUCCGUCGUCUCGACCGAAUGGGGAGAUGCAGAAUUCGACAUGCCCGAGGGCUUCCUCGACGAGUUCAAGAAGGCGAUGGAGGAGAUCGGAGUCCAGCAGGUCGCGGACGAAGACCGCGCCGAGCAGCAAGCACAGCAGGCGGCUUACCUCGCGGCGUCUAGACAACACGAGGAGGCUGUUGAGGGUGAGGAGGAAGAGGUCCGCUCCGCCGUCGGUUCGCCCGCGCCCUCGAUCCGCACCGCCGUCUUCCCGACCACCGGCAUGCACCGCAGCCGCCCUCCGUCCAUCACUGGCUCGAUUCGCUCGGACCGCGGCGGCGGCGGGCAGUACGGUCGACCGCUGACUCCGGCAGACGAGCGGAUGGAGGGCGACAGCGACGAGGAAUACGACGAGCUCGACCGCAUGAUGGCGCCUGUCUGGGCGUCUCACCGCGGACCUUCAGCACGUCAGCAGUUCUCCGGACCCGUCGAAUCGACCAAGCACGGAUACGCCGCUCCGCCUGGCCUGGCUGGUGCCGCCGCUGGACCGCUUCCCUCCUCCCGCAUGCUUUCACCAUCACUGUCGACCUCGUCAACCUUCUCAGCGGCACCUCCAUCCCUCACCUCGUCGACUCGCUCGCCUCAGCCCGGCAUCACGACGUCUCGCUCGAGCAAGGGUCUCUUCGGCUUUGGCUCGUCCAAGUCGAAGGCGCCCAAACCUGCCUCGCCUCAGAAGACUCGGCCCGACUCCGGCUCAGUCCUCUCAGGCGGCACGCAAGCAGCCAGUACGGCAAAGUCUUUCACCUCGCUCUCGUCGAUCGAGGAGGACGUCCUGUCGAACAGCAGCAAGAAGCAGAAGAAGAAUCGCAAGUCGUUCCUCUUCGGCGGUUCCAAGUCUCCGACUAUGCCGUCCAUUGAGUCUCAGAUCGCCGACACGACGUACGUGCACUACGGCAGCGGCAAGGCGAAGAACAAGCGGCGCGACUCGGACAUGUCCCUUGACGCCAGCCUGUACGCCUCGCGCGACCCCGUCCUCCUCCCCGGCCAGCCCGUUCCCGUCUCGCUCGCCGGCGUCGUUGCAGGCUUGUCGGUCGACUCGCCUGCCAAGUCGUCGGUCCAGUCGGGAGGGCGACGCUCCAGCCUGCGCCUCAAGUCUCGCUACGAGCAGGCGGAGCCCAACGCUCCCGCCGACCCGAUGGAGAAGGAGCGCAUCUACCGCGUCCGCUUCGCCAACGCGACUCGCGGUCUCGGCUUGCGCUCAGUUGCCGAGGAAGAGGCUGUUCGCGGCGGAGACGACGUCGCACUCAAAUGGAUCGGUGUCGGACGCGGACGGUAUGGCAACCUCACGAUCAAGGAGGGCGAGGAGAUGGACAUCCUCUUCGACGAGCAGGUCAAGAAAAUCAAGGGCAAGUGGCGCGCGUUUGGCUCGGAGCGGUCUGUCGAGUGGGCUGCGGUCAGGAUCGACUGA